AUGGAGGUGAAGAAGGUAGCGUACGCGAAGUUAGCAGGGAGCACAAGCGAAGAGGAGAGGAGUGCGAAUAGAGAGGGGCACAAAGUGGCUAGGAAGGAGGCAAAGCUGGUGGUCACGGAGGCUAAGAAUACAGCGUUUAGCCGUCUAUAUGAGGAAUUAAGGGAUAAAAGCGGGGAAAGGAAGUUGUUUUGUCUGGCUAAAGCGAGGGAGAGGAAGGCCCGGGAUCUGGACCAAGUAAGGUGCACCAAAGACGAGGAUGGUAGAGUAUUGAUGGGGGAGUCCCAAAUUAAGCAUAGAUGGCAGACAUACUUUUAUGGUCUUCUUAAUGAGGAGGGGGACCGGGAUAUAGCUCUAAGGGACUUGGGUCAUUCGGAGAGUCUCCGAGAUUUUAGGUAUUGCAGGCGCAUUAAGGUAGAGGAGGUCGUGAGGGCUUUGUGUAAGAUGAGUAGGGGUAGAGCGACCUGGCCAGAUGAAAUUUCGAUUGAGUUUUGGAAGUGUGUGGGUAGAGCAGGAUUGGAAUGGCUGACUGGGUUGUUCAAUGUAAUUUUUAGGACGAACAAGAUGCCGGAGGAAUGGAGAUCGAGUACAGUGGUACCGUUGUACAAGAACAAAGAUGAUAUCCAGUGUUGUAACAAUUAUAGGAGUAUCAAGUUACUUAGCCAUACCAUGAAAGUACGGGAGAGGGUGGUGGAGGGGAAGGUGAGGAAGACGAUGUCUAUAUCCGACAAUCAGUUUGGGUUCAUGCUGGGCAGCUCCACUAUGAAAGUUAUUCACCUUAUUAGGAGGUUGGUGGAAUAG